GAAAGCUCUCUCAUUCGUUCAAAGGGGCUGCGCUAGCUCGCUCGCGCAAAUUCAGCAGGGUUUUCGAAGUCUUGUGUUCACAGACAAAGAGAACUUCACUUCAACUUGCAUUCAUGCAACUUAAAGUCCCAGGGCCAGGGCCAUAGCUAUCCUACACUUCCAAAUGUUGACACGCUUCGUGCAGGCGCUUCAUCAGGGGCGCGCUCUACUAGUACAUAGUGGCGCUACUACUGGUGGUCUCGUGGUGGUAAAGGCGUGUGAGGGAUCUUCUGUAGAAGAAGUUCUUGAACAUGGAGACAGUCAUGUCAGCUCGUUGUGGGGCAGCAGUGCGUCUUGAAAGUCCGUAUGGCGGGCGGCAAACAUUCAACAGGGCCAGCUCCGAUUGGAGGGCGCCCUGCUUCACAAGCUCAUCUGCAGCUGGCCUCCUUAAAACUGCAGGGUUUCGCUGGAGGCCAGCAACAGGCAGGAGACAUAAGCAGAAGCUUGACCUUGGGCGGUUGGCGGGGCAGACAUGUAUUGCAGAUAGUGGAUGCUUGUUAAAAAGUGUUUUCAUCAACCGCGCAACAGCAUUGCCUGCUGUGGGGGCCAGCACAGGGAGCCGGACCACCUGCUCUGUUGAAGAGCUGCCUGAGAACCUGCAAAAGAUCGUGAAAGGAUUUCAAAUGGUGCCAGAUGCCACGCAACGCUACAAGCAACUGCUCUACUAUGCAAGCAAGUUGAAGCCUCUGGCACCAGAGUAUCAUGUGCAGGAGAACAAGGUGGUGGGCUGCGUGUCCCAGGUGUGGGUGAAGCCGUCGCUGGGCGAGGACGGCCUGGUGUACUUUGCGGCGGACAGCGACAGCCAGCUGACCAAGGGCCUGGCGGCGCUGCUGGUGGAGGGGCUGAGCGGCGCCACCCCCUCUCAGAUCCUGCGCAUCCAGCCCGACUUCAUCCAGCUGCUGGGCCUCUCGCAGAAGCUGACGCCCAGCCGCAACAACGGCUUUCUCAACAUGCUGCUGCUCAUGCAGAAGAGGACGCUGGCGCUCUUCAUGGAGCAGGAGAAGCGCCGGAAACUGGAAGAGAGCAGCAGCGCCUCAUUAGGGGGGUCGCCUGGGGUGCAAUCAGCUGAACCAAGUGGCGGAGAUGCAGAGGUUGCCGGCACUUCGAACGGAAGCAAGGAGGAUCCGUCAGGGAGCAGUUCUGGCGGGUCCACCGGGGCAGCUCAAGUCCACAGUGUGAACGGGAACAACGGGCGGCCCAUCUACACAGGCAUGAAGGAGAAGUUGGAGGCGGGUCUCUCUCCUGUUGCCCUUGAGAUCGAGGAUGAGUCCCAUCAGCAUGCUGGCCACGCCGGUGUGCACAAGGGGGCCUCGGAAACGCACUUCAACGUCAAAAUCGUCUCAAACGCGUUUGACGGUAUGAACGUGGUCAAGCGACACAGAGCGGUCUACCAACUGCUACAAGAAGAGUUUGCAAACGGUCUCCAUGCGCUCUCACUGAGUACCAAGACUCCGGAAGAAGCCGGCGUAUCAAAGUCAUAACAUUUUGCGACAAUGACAAUUCCUCUUUUCAGGGUCAAGAUCGAACGCCCUAGCUUAACAGAUGCAUUGCCUUCGCUUCAUGAUCAUGCCUAGCACAGCCUGCGUUGGCCGCGCCCUUUCCCGACGAUUUCGACGGGCCUGCAUGUCAGAUUGCCGGUGACUCAUCAAGCUUCAAACUUAACGGCUCGAUCCAAGCAAGGCUCAUAUAAAGUUCAAAAGCAACACGGAUGACAUGCGAUCCUUGAA